AAGCGAUCACGAUUUUGGUAUAAGAAUUGGGAGCCGUAUUAAGUAUAACAAAUGAUGAAUUGUCGACUCGGAUAAUCUUAAACCGGUAUUUAUCGGAGAUGAGUUUACCUGCCGUGGUGCGAAAAAGCAAGGAUACUGAAGUCAGCUUGUCAGCUUGCAGUGUUUGCGGCCAGCAACAUGACACGACUGCAUGUCCGUUUUUACUGGAUCUUCAUCGUGUUAAGGAUGCACCAGUUUUGUCGAGGGCGAGACAGACGCUGCCCGAAAAUCUGGAAAUCACCAAAAUGGCCGACGGUUUGAUGACCGUCACAACAAGGGUCGAACUGCCCAGAGGAACAACGUUCGGACCACUCUACGCUAAAAGAAUAUGGACAAUGAAUCCAUUGACCCAUUUUCCAAUCAGAGUAUUUGGCAAAUCUACCUCUGAAACAUAUCAUCUGGAUUAUUCAAACGAGAACAGCUCAAAUUGGAUGUGCUUUGUUGGGCCGGCGUCAAACGCCAAGGAACAAAAUCUGAUCUGCUAUCAAGUGGAACAGGAUAUUUUUUACACCGCGAUGCGUACGAUAGCCCCAGGAGAAGAGCUGAGAGUUUGGUACGCGCCUUAUUACGCACUCCAGAUGAAGAUGCCAGUAUUCAAUGCUGACUUUGCUAAUGUCAGCGCUACUAUACCGGAUUCAGAAAUCCAGCAAGUGAUAAAGACAGAGAAAAAUGGGGAACAAAUUGGGUUGCUAAAAAAAGAUGUCGCUCAGGAAUUGGCUGAGAAAUUGCCUGCACAGCAUCUCGGAGCUAGGGAUGAUAAAGCAACGUGGAACUGCAGAAUUUGUUCAACUGUUAUCUGCUCUGUCGUCGCUUAUGCCAAGCAUUUAAUGGAGCACUAUAAGCCGUUGAUUGGUGUUUAUUGUAAUAUAUGUAACAAGAAGUGUAACAAUGUGACGGCCUUGGAACGUCACAAAAGUUCCAAACACCCGGAGGAAUCAUCCAACGACAGUGUAGUUGGAAUACCGACGUCCGAGAGUCAACAGCAACAAAAUGCACAAACUAUCUUCCUGAAUAUAAGUGAUUCUGAAGGGCAGACAUCGGAAGCGAUGAAAGAUAUAUUGGAGAAAUUCAAAGCCGGAAAAGCGAUAACAGAGAGCAGUUUGUUGGCAACUUCAACGCCGAAUGAUAAAGAUUCUCAUCACUCAGAUCUACCAAUUUUAGAUACGAAUUCUAUAAACGUGAACGAUUUGCUCCAGAAUAAUGGUUCACUGAUAGAGAAUUCUUCUCUUAAAUCGAUCCUUGAGAAUCAAUGUCUAAACAUGAAUUUAGGACUGAACACAAUGACUGACUCUAUGCUUUCCGUGGAGAAUAUUUCAGCCUCGGAUUCGGUGAAGUUCAAUGUCGAAGAGCUGGCCUCAGAGCUUUUAGAUAUUGUCCCUGAUGUCGACAACAUUAACAAGAGAAUUGACAACCUUGAGUGUGAUAUAUGCGACAAGAAAUUCGAAAAGGUUGACUACUUAUAUCGUCACUUGCGCAAACACACUGGGGAAUUCAUAUGCCCUGCUUGUCUACUGGUAUUUGCCAGAAAAGAGAAUUUGCUGUCACACACGUGUUUUUCUCAAAAAUUGGACUACCAUUACGAGUGUCCAUAUUGCCAGAAACCUUUCAUGUUGAAAAAGUACUUAAGGAGACAUAUGGUCAAGCACACAGCUUGGAAUAACUGCAAGUGGUGCCACUCUCCGUUUUCAUCGCAGGCGGAACUUGAGGCGCACAAAUGUUUGACGCCAAAGCACGAGUGCCUACAAUGCAGCAAACGGUUUGUGCACAGAGCUCACUUGAAUCGGCACCUGAAGCUGCACGAGAACCCGAAACCAGCGGCAAAACGGGUGAGAAAAAAACCCCCGGAGAAACCUGUUAUAUGCGAGAAGUGUGGCGAUGUUUUUAAAACUCCGUACAGCUUGAAGCAGCACCUCAGUUCGCACGGGGAGAGAACUUACGAAUGUGACAUUUGCCAGCGAAGAUUUCAUCGCAUCGGCGUCCUGAAAGAGCACAAAGCAAUUCAUCAGGCAGCCCAAAUACCAUGUAACAUUUGCGGGAAGAAAUUGAAAAGCAAAAAGGCUCUGGACAUUCAUAUGCUUUUGCACGGGAACAAGAAAUACCAAUGCGACAAGUGCGAUAAAAGUUUCUUUCAAAAGUGCAACUACCAAAAGCAUCAUACCAAAUUUCACAGCGAAAAAACACCGUACAAAUGCUCUCUCUGCUCUCUACAGUUCGCAAACAAGCUCAAAUACAACAAGCACAUUGAAAGCCACACUAAGCCUGCCCAAUUCAUGUGCGCAACAUGUCCUAAGUCCUUCCACAAGGAAUGUCAGUUGAAACGUCACACGCAGACGAGUCACAGCGGAAUUGUUUAUCGUUGUCCCUAUUGCCAAAUGGCAUUCAGACAUAGACACAGCGUGCGAAGGCAUUUUGAACGCCAGCACAAUGCUUUGAAAGAGGACUGGGACAAGCCGGGAUUUCUUAAUCAGUUAACGGAAAAAGCUCCCGUUGAACCAAUUAAUCAAGCACAGAUUGAUGAUAACAAAUUUUUGGUGAAUUACGAAGAUGUGAAUAAUAAGGAUUUUGGAGACACGGAUAAUGCACAAGAUGGAGCUAUGCUGCUGUCUGUCGCGGGAAUAGACGAUACUACAUUUUUACAGACGCCUCAAACUGAUAGUGUGGUGCAACUUAACCCGGAAGGUGAAGUGAAUUGCAAUUCAAUGAAUGGUCACGAAAUUCUGCUGCAAGUAGCAGGCAUCGAACAGCCAGGAUCUAUGGCGAAUUCAGAUUUGUCCCUGACUGAGGUGCCGCAACUGAGUAUUAGCGAGUCGGACGCUCGUCUGGCGGAAUCUGUACUUGGUAAUGCCUAUAUAUUUGGGGAGGACGGUGGUGAUAUUAUGUUCUACGUAUUAGAUAACGCGCCAACAAUUUCCGAAUAUUAGUGAUUAGUCUGCUUCAUCUACCUUGUUAUUAAAAAUUAUUAGCAUAAUUGAACCUGUUUACGAUAACGUUUAAGCAAUAUUUAAGCAAAAAGGAAAGUUUAAUCAACCUCAACAUUUCCUGGCGGAAAAAUAUUUCUGCAAGUUUCUAAAGGAAUAUCUUAAAAAUUUCGCCAAAUUAUUUAUAAAUUCUAACGAACUCCUCUGGAAAGAGGAGUAAAAUCACCCAUUAAUUAAACAGAAAAUCAAAACAGAAGCCCUAUCAAAGCUUUGAAAUCAUCUUCACUAUGGACAUUUAAAAAACGUCAAACUCCUGA